GAGAAAUCCGAAUCCACCGGACACAGACCCAAAGCCGCCGUACACAUACCUGGAACAACGGGACAGAUACAGGGAGCUGUGAAGCAAAAUGAGCUCCGGGGACGAGUGUUGUCCAGCGCUGGUCACAGCCCAAUGGCUUCACGAACAACUAACCAACAAGAACCAGGACAUCCGGGUCCUGGACACGACAUUCACAGAGAACGGCCCGGGAUGGAGGACUACAAGAUAUGUCAUAUCCCGUCCGCUCGGUACAUCGACCUGAUGAGAUUGUGCCCGGCCCAGAUGCCGUACAUCCCGUCCUCUAUUCCCACCCUACAAGACUUCCAGAAGACCUUGAGGAGCCUGGGAGUGAACGCCGGGUCUCACGUGGUUCUCUAUGAGACUGCCAAGCUCUUACCGUUUGCAGCUCCGAGACUUUGGUGGAUGCUGAAGGCUUUCGGUCACAAGAAGGUGUCUGUUCUAAACGGAGGCUUGAAGGCAUGGCAAGACGCAGGAUUUCCCGUCACAGCCGAAGAAUUGCCCGCUCAGGAAGGGGACAUCUCUCUAACGGUUGACCCAAGCCUUAUGGUUACUUUCGACGAACUAGCGGAAAUCCGUUCGAAGGGAGAUACGCAGAUCUUGGACACACGACCACACGAGAACUAUACGGGCAAAGAAGAGGAGCCCUCUACUUUACUGAAAAUGAUUAUGCCAGCAGUAGGGUUAGAUCCUUCCGCGUUGUCCGACAUCAAAACAGGGACAAUCCCGGGGGCUAAGAACCUGCCUUACCCCUUGAUGUUCGGAAGUGACCUAGUCAGUGUCCGACCUGUCAAUCAACUCCGGGAACUGUUCUCGUGGGCGAGUGUAGACCUUACUAAACCUUUGAUGACCACCUGUUACGUAGGAUACACCGCCUGCAUGGUUGCAAUGGCAGCAUAUCUCUGUGGGAACACUAAAGUGUCCGUAUACUACGGCUCCUGGGUAGAAUAUGGGCAGAGAGCCAGUAAGGAUCAGGUGACUCUUGGACCUCAAGCGGAAGUCGAGCCUCCCUACAAUAUUGUGUUCCCGUCAGCAUAGGACUGCCUUCAAUACACAAUCUGAUGAUCCACCAGCUGAUAUCUGCCCAUCCACCAGCUGAUAUCUGCCGGUCAGGGACACACUAUUUGUUACACCCUGGCUGUUCACAGCUCCUGGUAAAUACUGUCUGAAGACCCCAUGCGUCACUUUGUAAACAAAGAAAUUUCCUCUUUGACUGAUUCUGAAUGUGUAUUUCAACGCAAUAAAAGACAAUAUUGAUUUUUA